AUGUGUAAAGUUAAUACUUUUGUAUUUUUUGAUAUCGAAACAACAGGUCUGCCAUGGCAAGAAAGAAACAGGACGAAAAUAACAGAGUUAAGUUUCGUAGCCGCAUUGAGGCAAGAUAUUUUGCUUACGAGUUGUGGGGAGAUACCACCUAUAAGUAAAUUGACGCUUGUUUUUAACCCUAUAAAAGCUAUACAUCCAGAAGCUGUUAAAAUGACUGGGCUUUCUAAUGACAUACUUAAAUUCUCUCCUACUUUUGAACGAAAAAUUGAUACAAUAAUUUCAUUUUUGCAAGAAUUGCCAAAACCAGUAUGUUUGGUAGCCCAUAAUGGUAAUUUGUUUGAUUUUAAAAUAUUGUUGACCGAAAUCAAUGAUGCCAAUGCAUCUCUUCCCAGUGACUUGCUGUGUGUUGACUCAUUAGUUGGUUUUAGAUUUAUUUCGAAGAAUAGAAAUACUCCCACUAGUAAGAAUGUUCAUGUUAUUCCCAUGACAUCAGUGCCACAGAAAACAGAAAUUUCUGCUGAUUUAAUGACAGAUGAUGAAGAUGAAUGGCCCGAUCUUAAUGUGAGUACAGAAGAUUGGCAAGAUAUAGAUGACAUUUGUAAUAAUCUAUCCGAUAUUUCAUGUGAAGAUAUCACAGAAGACCCAAUAAUAAAAGUUGAUAAAAAGAAAAGGAGUGAGGUUAUUCAAAAAGUUUUUAAAAAGGAAAAAAAGCCCAAUCCAAACCCAAAUCCCAAUGGAUAUUCACUUGAAGCACUUUAUAAGAAGUUUUUUAGAAAAGAUCCAAUCAAUUUACACAGAGCAGAAGGUGACUGUUUAAUGCUCCUUCAGUGUGUGGUAGCUGAUAAGGAAAAUUUUAUACCAUGGGCUGAUAAUGCAAGUUGUAAGAUUACAGAAAUAAAACCGCUUGUGCGUCGAUAA